CAAGAACAUGGUUUUGAUGGGAUCAAUCUGGACUGGAACUAUCCUUCAGGGCAAGCAGAACGGACAAAAUUCACAGAGCUCUGUAAGGAGCUCAGAACAGCUUUCACCAUCCAAUCACUGCUCCUCACUGCCAGUGUAUCUGGGAUGAAGACAAUAAUAGAUGAUGGUUAUGAAGUCUCACUGAUUGCUCCUGAACUGGAUUUCAUCAAUGUUUUGACAUACAACUUCCACAGUUCAACAGAAUCGGCCACAGCACAUCACAGUCCUUUGUCCUCAAAUCCUAGUGAUACUCUGACCACGGCAAGAAUUUGCAAUGACCUACUGGGAGACUCAAGGUGGGGCAGCACUGCCUAG